CCUCGAUCCUAGAAACGAAAACACUCCCUAAAGACAGACAGCUGCAGACACCAGCCAAGACACCUCCAGGAGCCACCGUUAACGUCACCGUCAUACCGGAGCUGAGCGAGCAGACCGCCCGGUGUUGUUUACCCGUCGGUUAGAGAAGAAGGACGCGGAGGGGGGACGCCGCUGUCUGCCGCUGGAUCUACACCGCGACGCAUCUGCGCAGCACACGAAGAGGCUGAAAGAAAAACCGUCGCAUCAGUGUUUAUGAAAAUGCCGUUGUCCGUUAACGGCAUCCUUUGCACGCUCGCGCUGCUGGUCCUGUGGCGGGCGAAGGAGCUCGCGGAAGCUUGCAGCUGCGCUCCGGUACAUCCGCAACAGGCGUUCUGCAACGCCGAUGUAGUGAUUCGAGCAAAGGUGGUGGGAGAGAGAGAGGUGGAUUCUGGGAAUGAUAUCUACGGGAACCCAAUCAAGAGGAUCCAGUAUGAGGUCAAACAGAUCAAGAUGUUCAAGGGUCCUAACGAGGACAUCGAGGCUGUCUUCACUGCUCCUGUGUCCGCUGUCUGUGGCGUUACCCUGGAUGCCAACGGCAAGAAGGAGUACUUGAUCUCAGGCAAGGCUGAGGCCGGUGGGCGCAUGCAUGUGACCCUGUGUGAUUACAUCAUGCCCUGGGACACCUUGAGCAACACCCAGAAGAAGGGCCUUAGCCAGCGCUACCAGAUGGGCUGUGAAUGCAAGAUUGUGCGCUGUCCCUCUUUGCCCUGCGAGAUCUCUGCUCCUGAGGAGUGUCUGUGGACGGACCUGAUGAUGGAGAAGCAGGUGCACGGACGCCAGGCCAACCACUAUGCCUGCAUCAAGAGGGCAGAUGGCUCCUGCUCCUGGUACCGCGGCGUCUCAUCGCCCAAGAAGGAGUUCCUGGACGCCGACGACCCUUAGUCACGUGGCACGCCUGACUGCCUACUGCACAGCCUGGCUGGAAAAUAAAUGUAAACGAUUCCAUUGAAAUUUAAGAUCAAAGUGAUUUUUUUUGAUAAAAAAAAAAAAAAAAAGGCAAAGCUAAUGUGACUGAAAUUACCUGCUGGUCUGAAAACAACCUUCAGCCUCUCUUUGUGUUGUUGUCCGUUAGCAUUUCAGUCAGCGAGAGCAACACAAGGCCGCUUUCAGCCUCAGCAUUGCUCACCUUUAACUGAAGAGGCUCAGAGGUUGUUCUCAGACGCAGCGUCUCUGUAAAAACAAAAUAGCAUCAUGAGACAUAGACUGGUCAAGUGAUGAUGUAACUUCCUCCUGAGGCUGGCGUCAGGAGGAUAUAAAUUCUCGGUGAGACAGAGCACUUCCUGCCCCACAAAGCGCUUUAACAGCUCUGCUCUCCGACUCCACCAAUCAACCCCCGAUCUACGGACGAUCAUUCGUUACCCAUCGUGUGUUUCUACUUUUAUUACCUCAUUCUCCAUUUUUAUUCCAAAGCCAAAUUCCAAGUUGCCUUUUUUUAAAUGAUUGUCUCGCGCUCUCUCUCUCAGAACACUAUAAGUUACUGCUUCUCUCAUCUGCUCUGCUGGGAGCUGUUUGGCCACCGCCGACGUUGGAUGCCCACGACACGCUUAACUGUUUCCUUUAAAAAGAACAUGAGUCAUCUCGCAUGGCUGAACUCUUGUGGUUUCAUUAGUUGGAAAAAAAAAUUCUUUUCUUGUGGUGAUUUUUAACUGAAGCCUGUGACCAUCACAAGCCUCACUGGACCAGUCUAUGCUGUGUAAAGAUGAGCGCUCUAAAUUUAAACCUGCUCGCCGCCCCCACAGUCCGAUCAGAAAUAUCCCAAAUUCCUCUUCCUCAUCUCGUCUUCGUCCCUCUCUCUUGUUAUCCCCACUAUGUAGCUGUACAGUACCUAUGCAUAUACUUUUGUUGUUACUUGAUGAUUAUUAUUUACUGCAUUAGAACUAGAUUUGCACUUUUUGAGGAUGAGUAAAGACAAGAGCCUGAACACUCUGAUGUGACAGUUAUUAUAGUUCGCCCAGACCGACAGAUCCACCUCAGGUGCAGAUUUAUCCUGUUUUGAGUGCUUUUGGUGAUCCGUAUUCACAAACUUACUCUCGCUAUCUUUGUCAUAACAGAUAAAAUAAUACUUGCAAUGGAAGAAAAACAAAAAAAGUGGCGCGCGGUGAGACGUUCGGAUAUAAGGGAUCUUUUUGCAGAUUUUAUGUGUGAAAGAGAAACAAAAAGAGCUUUGUUGGUUGUUAUUUCAGUGUCUUUGUAUUAUCUGUUGAUUGUAAAUGCCAACAGCAGUUUCAUGAUUUGCCAGUAUAUUCUCGCAGACGGUUCAUUUCAUGAGUAAUAAGGUCUUUACACGCUUAAUGUUAGCUUUCCUGCUCCUUCCAGUUAUUAAUGAAAGCUUUAUCGCUGUCAUAGAAAGCAAGUUACUCAAUCAAAGUUUACAGUGCUGUUUUAUACACCUCAAGCUACAUUAACAAAAAAAUAUAUAUAUGAUGGAGUAUUAGAGGCAUAAUUUAAAAGUAAACUCUUUCCAUUUUCCAUUACUUUGUAUUUUUUCAGUGUUAUUAUUAUACCUGUCAUGAUUUUUGUGUGUUUUACGCUGUCUUUGUCUACGAUGUCUUUAGCUGUAGUGUCGAGGUGAGAAGGUCCUCUUGCGCUGGAGUAACGUGAGAGUGAGAGAGAUUAAUCCUUUUUGGAGAGGUGUCGAGAAACGAGGGAUGGGUACCUUGUGUGAAUAGAGGACUGUGCAUGUGUUUGAUGCUUUGUGUAAGUCCGGGCGAAGGACAAAAUAUUCAGUAUUAUCAAAUAAAAAACACGUUUGAAAG